AUGCCAAAACGCAUUAUCUCGCCCAGGACCAAGAUGCAGGCGCCAACUCUGCGCGCUGUUCUCGUAGCAGCCGCUUUCUUCUUUUCUAUACAGACCGUCGGAGCGAGACGAGGAGGCGGCAGCAGCGGUGGGAGCGACAGUGGGGGUGAUAGCGGCGACGAUAAUGAUUCCGGUUCCGGCUCCAGCGGUGGAGGCAGCAGCACGCCCUGCGUCAACAGCGGUAUCCCAUUACUGACCAAUCUCGAUAUCACACGAUUCGACAACUACACGUCCGACCCCGCAUUCGGCGGCGCGUAUUUCCUCGGCGAAGCAUCCGUUAAUUAUACCGUCCAGAAAGAGGAUGACGAUGACUGCACGCCCGUCGUGGGAGCCAAGUUUCCCAACAGACUUCUCGCCGCGGCUUUCAUCGCGCCGCAGUCGCCGUGGCCCCAGGGCGCGAGUAAUCCUAUCGUGCUCGGAUUCAAAGGAUGGCCGACGGACGCGGCGGUGGAGGACAUCAUGACGUCGUAUGAUCGGUGCGACGCGAGUCCCGAUAUGGUUUUCUUUCGGACUACCUCUUGGUUUUCCUAUACCUACCCGAAUAACGAGCUGAGGGGGGUUCGCGAUUCGGUGCCGUUGGCGUUGUCGGCCAGCGGCGAUUCGUCGAAGGUGGAUUUUACUGGGACGUACGUCGGCGGACCGCAGAAUAGAUGGAAUAAUAUCUCGCUGGCGCAGUGGACGCAGGAUAGGUUCUCGCCUCCCGAGGGGCUCUGCAGGGGUUACACGAUUCUCGAUGAGUCGAUUCCGGUUGGGACUGUUGUGAACGGGUCGAUUAGCGCUGGCGAGGUCACUCUCACUGCCAAGGGGGUUAUGGAGGGUGCAAUCUUUGGGGUUAAUGUCAGUUUUGUGGUGGACUUUAGGGGCACGUUUGCCCCUGCGAAUUCGACGCAGGCGGUCCGGGUCUCUCAGGGCGGGGAUUCGAUUGUUUCGUUUGAGGUGAUUAACGGGAAGGAGAAUGGUAAUGGUCAGGGGAGGCUUACUGCUUUGGGGCCAACGGCGAUGAUUCCUCUUUUGGUGGCGGCGGUCCUUACGCCUGGCCUCAACGCCUUCACCAGUUUGCGCCAUGUUUUUGACUCACCACGGGACGCCUUUUCCAUACAGAUUCGACUCGAAGCGGGAGACACGAGUGUAGGAAACUGCCUCCUAAAGAUGAGCCUCCGCGAUAGCUUGGACUCGUCGUCUUCUGGGCUACUUCUUGAGAAAGAAAGAAAUCUCAUCCGUGGCGAGACCAUGGCUUUGACAUCUGCCACUGGGCUCGACCACUUCCUCCGGUCCUAG